CUCCAGCAUGGGCAGCCGGCGGCUGAGCGCGGCGGCCGCGCAGGUGGACGCGGUCCGGCCCCCCAAGCCCGAGAGCGCCUGGAGGCCGCCCCGGCGGGAGGGCUCCGCCGCGGCGCUGGAGGAGGAGGACGAAGACGAAGAUGUGGUGGUGGAGGUGGAGGAAGAAGAGGAGGAGGAGGAGGGCGGCCUGGGGAGCGCCCCCUCGGCGCUGACCGGCCACGGCAAGGGCCCCCUCCGGGGCAGCCUCAAGGCAGCCAACAUCAAGCGUGAAAUGACCUUCCCUGCAUUUCAACAGGAGGAUGUAAAAAGUGACAUCAGUCAAAAACUGCCAGACCAACAGUUUCUCCUGUUUACCACAAAGGAGGAAGAUUUAAAAACAGCAGAGACCAAAAAACUAAAUAGAGCUCAUGAGUAUGAAAAGGAAAACACUCGCUCUGUUUGUCUUCUGGAACAGAAGCGCAAGGUUGUUUCUUCAAAUAUUGAUGUGCCUCCAGCAAGAAAGUCUUCAGAAGAACUGGACAUGGAUAAAGUAACAGCAGCCAUGGUACUUACCAGUUUAUCCACCAGCCCUUUGGUCCGCAGCCCUCCUGUCCGACCCAAUGAAUCCCUGAAUGGAUCUUGGAAAGAAGGAGGAUUUGUGCCUUCUAGUACCAGCAGCAGUGGAUACUGGAGCUGGAAUGCUCCCAGUGACCAGUCCAACCCAUCCACCCCAUCUCCACCUCUGUCAGCUGAUAGCUUCAAAACUUUUCGGACACCUUCCCAGCCAGAUGAUGGUAUUGAUGAAGGUGAAACAAGCAACCUUCUCUUCGAUGAACCCAUCCCUAGGAAGAGAAAGAACUCCAUGAAGGUGAUGUUCAAAUGCCUGUGGAAAAACUGUGGGAAGGUACUGAGCACAGCUGCAGGGAUUCAGAAACACAUACGGACCAUUCACCUUGGACGUAUAGGAGAGUCUGACUACAGUGAUGGAGAGGAGGAUUUUUACUAUACAGAAAUCAGGCUCAACACGGACUCAGUAGCUGAUGGCUUAAGCAGUCUUUCCCCAGUCUCUCCAUCUUUAGCAUCUCCUCCUUCCUUUCCCACCCAAGAUGCAAUCCGUCCUGAAACUUCCUGUGCCAAAACUGAGACUAAAUUGAUGACACCUCUGAGCCGCUCAGCUCCUACCAACCUCUACCUCGUACACACGGACCAUGCUUACCAGGCCACUCCUCCGGUGAACAUUCCAGGGUCAGCAAAAUUCACUCCCAAUGGCAGUAGCUUUAGCAUCUCUUGGCAGUCGCCUCCAGUUACCUUCACCGGCAUUCCAGUUUCACCAACCCAUAAUCGUCCUGCAGGGAGUGGAGAGCAGAAACAGUCCCACACAGUUCUUUCGUCACCGCCUAGAGUAGCAUUUGGCUUGAGGAAGCCUAGAGGGGAGGGGAAAAAGUGUCGGAAGGUCUAUGGGAUGGAGAACAGAGAUAUGUGGUGUACUGCCUGCCGAUGGAAGAAGGCCUGCCAAAGGUUCAUCGACUAACGAUUGAAAUUAUGCAGAGGAUUUGGGGAUGGGGGAGGACAACAGCAGAACCAGAUCGCUGCAGCUGCACUGUAUCACUUCCCAUUUUCCCCUCCAGUGAUGUGGUGUUGGGGGUUUUGUUUUUUCGGGGUGGUGUUUUUUUUUUAAGAGCUUUGUAUUUCAAAGUGAAGCACUUGUAGCCAAGGAGAAGCACUAAUUAAAACCUGUGUGGAGCAAUAGAGCAAAAAAAAAGCAAAACCAAGAACACACGACAAAAUUUUGUCUUAGUAAGCAUGGAAACCAGAGCAGCUAUUAGUGUUCUUCUGUAAAAGAAAGGAAAAAGUUAAUUAUUUUGCUAACUCUGUGAGCUACUUGCUCCUUAAGAUCAUUUUUAACCAUUUCAGUCUCUGUGCUGUGAACAUCUGUAUCUGCUAAACUGAUUUAAGUUUUCUUUUCCUGAAACGAAGAUAUCUUUUUGAAAGCUUUCUAAUAAACACUUCAGAGUUGUAUAAGCUACAGUUUUCUCAACAAAAGCUGUACUAAGACUGGAUAGUGCUAAAUAAUUCUCCUGAUACGAAUUAUCAUUAUUAUAUUUUUGAAAAGGGGAUGUGGGGAGGAGUUGGGAUUUUCGUUUGUUUGGUUUGUUUGUUUGUUUAUAGGGGAAGAGCAAAGUCUGAAUUUGCAAGAAGGACAAGCAGUGCUCCUGGAAGAUUUUUAAACCAGUCACAGACCAGUGGAGUGGAACAAAGUAAUUUAAGUACGAAAUUGGAUUUUGACCCUCUAGAGGAAGAAAAGCAGCAGUGUAAAGUCACCAGCAGAUAUUGUCACGAGAAGUUGAGGGAAGAAAGCCAGUGAUGCUUGAUUGAAACCCAUAAGAAUAUAUUGGCGGUCCAGUAGGUUUCUUACCACUCUUCCCUUUCUGAGAGAGGAUGACUAGUAGGACCAGCAUGGCUGUUGCUGCAGGAGGCCUAUGAAGAACUGGUACUUGCAGCCACUAGGAUUAUAUGUAAUAUCCAUUCAGGGACAUGAUCCAGCCCAGCAGUUCUGCUUUUGCUUCCUUUUCUCAUAUUUGAGAGAUUGUUGUUAAGAUAAUGGUUUGCUCAGCUUUUUUUUUUUUCUGUUAAAGCUACUAAAAUUUAUUUGAUGCAAAAAGUGGUAAAGAAAAUACCCCCUUUCCACAACAUCAUCUCAGAAAAAGAAGUACAACAGCAAAGGAGCAGCGUUAUUUAUGGUAAAAAUCAAUUUCUUAAAUAAUUUUGUAAUAUGAAUUAAAAAGUUUCUCUACUUGCAGUACUUCAAUAGAUUUGGGUCAUUUAGUUUCUCAGUCCAUUAGGAAGUAUACACCGGAGUGCGGCAAGCUGGUGUUCUGUCUCAACUUGUAUCAAAUUACUAUUAAUUAAUGAUUAUUUCAAUGCAAAAAUAAAGUAAGGAUUUACUAGGAAAUGAAUGUAUAUGGUUAAAUAAUACUAGCCUGUAAACAAGACACCUUAAAAAAAUCAAAGACACAGAAGCAAAACUUUGCCUAUUAAUUGCAGCAUGAAGGGCUGAAAAUGCCUGGAUUAUUUUUUCUUUCAUAAUAUUCGAACAAAUUAAAUUUAGACCAAUUUUUUUUUUUUAAUUGUUUAAACUGGCUUGUUCUCAGUGAAGUAAGGGAACUUUUAAAUAUCUGAACAACUUUCUAAAAUCUGGUCCAAAGUUCAGCUGAUAGCUUUAUUAAGUGUGCACUGCUGCUUGUGCCUAUGUAAAAGCACAGAAUAACAAUGCAGAAUUUUGGAAUAUACACUAUGGAUUCAGUAAGGUAGCAUGGAAAAGCAAAAUCUAUAAUAGGAGAUCUUGAAGGUUAUCAUCUGAUUUUCUGUGAACAAGUUAAUUGGGCAAUCAGAUGCCUAAUUUGAGCAUGCUAUUUCUGCAGUUAUUUACAAAUUGUGUGAUUUACAUGCAAAAGUGGCAAGAUACGCUUGCAUGCAUGCAAUUACUUGAUUUUUUGCCCAAUUGUGUUUUCUAAGUCAUUAAAAAAAAAAAGAAAAAUAGACUCUGGAAGCUAGUAAGACCCUGAAAUAUAUACACAUAUAUGUGUGUAUGAGUAUUUUUGUAUAUGUGUAUACAUAUAUGUAAAACUAUAUAUAUUAUAUAGUUUUAUAUGUGUAUAUAAAAUCUGGAAUCAACAGGGAGGAGAAAGAUUGUUUUCUUUACAAACAGAAAAAGCAAGACACUAAGGGUAAGUGGAUAUACAUAACCCACUGUAUUAUCUUCUUUCCUCUUAGUAAAACAUGGGUCGUGGGUUUUCUUUAAAUGUUGUAUUUUUUCAAUUUCCAUAGUAAAAUACCUCAUAGUAAUUAAUAGACAUUUCAUAUUCAAACACUGGGCUUGCUGGUGGUGUGCUUACUUUGAUAGAACUUUAAAAAUUUGGUACUUUUCCAAGAUACUCCUGCCAGUUUGCCCCCACCCCCUCUCCCAUUUUUACAAGCACUCCAAGACUAUAAAGCAUUCCAUGAUUAUUUUGACUGUUGCCAGACUAACAGUAUUUGCCUAUGUAUUUGUUGUUCCCCUCCUUUUUGCUUUGGAGGAUUUUUUUGAAAAUAACGUAUCAGAUUGUGUAUUGUUUCUAUAAUGUCAUGGCAUUGUGAGCACCUUUCCUGAGGGCACUUUAUGAAUUGUUGUAAUAAGAUUAUUCUUUAUGAAUUUCUACACAGAAGAAUGGUUUUGUUGCCAGACCAGAUUGCCCUCUGGUACAAAUUGGAUAUGGAUUAUGUAAGGGACAAAAGCCACAAACCAUCAAAACAGGAGAGAAAGCUGGUGUCAACAAGGCAGAGGACAGAGAGGUACUUGAUAAAUCCUGCCAGGACAAAACUAAGUUACCAAUAUUUUUACACAACCUUUAAUCAGCAGUUUAUAUUAAAUCAGUUUUAGAUCUUACGGCUAUGGCAUUUUGAUUCCUAAUUAGGCACUUCUGUAGUUACCAUGUCUCACCCAUGGCCACGAUAGCAGGGCGGCACGGCUGUCCGGGCCUGCACCAGUGGCUUUGUGUUUUGAGCUCCAGUCACUUGCCACGUGAGCACUUCAAUGCCCACCGAAAUCCCUUUGUGAUCCUGACACACCCAGCAAAGACAGAAAUGUCAGCAAAGCCUUUCCUCUGCUGGCAGUAGUGAGCAUAAUCUGGAGUAACCUCUUCCAUUUUCAGUCUCUUGCUUCUGUGUUGCUUUGAGCUGCUUCGCUGUCCUUCUGACACCUGAUUUAUCUCACAUGUCUGCACUGACCUCUCCAAAACACUCUGAUUUCUUUGUUUUCCCAAGGAAGAGCUAGCCUGAAUGCUGUGGUCAUUUACUGUCAUCAGUACAUGCCAAUUCCCCUAUUUUCUGUUUCUCUGUGGGAGGUAGGUCAUUGUCUCUGACCUCCCAGGGAAGUCAGAAGGAAUGGCUUGAGCACAUCGUGCAGUCUCUGUGUGCUGCAGGGAUUUGGAUGCGGGUUCAUGUAUUUUGAGAGGCAGAACUUGAUAUAAAAAUGUAAGGACCUGUUUUAUUGUUACUAUUAUUAUCUAUUUAACUUCUUGAUACUGGUAACAGAAAUUGCCAACGUCAGUAUCAGUGUGGAGAUCAACUGUAUUAAUUCCGAAUAUUUUGCUUUAGGAGUUUUCUUCUUAUUAGAACAAAGCUAUUUCUCGCUUCUCCAUUCUCCCAUCCCCUGAAAAAUCUGGAAAAUGAGAUAGUUUUAGAAGUGGAAAAUUUUAAUAGCAAUUUUAAUAAGGGACUGUGAUCCAACUGCUCCUGUAUGAAGCUAUUGGACGUUAAAACUCAGAUCAUCUUAGUCAUAAAACGAUUUCCACCCAGAACAAUGUGCCUGAUUCUCUAGUGCCUUGCACAAAUGUAACAGGAUAUACAAGACGCAAAAGUGAGUAAAAACUCUUCUGUUCCAAUCUGCAAGUUUACAUUUAAUUUUAACCAAUACCAGUCGUCACCUAGCAUGUACCUGUUGGCAUGUCAGCCGUGCUUGUGCUAAUAAGCUGAGCAGAAUUGUCUGUCCAAUUACUUUUUCCAAAUCCUUAGCCUUGUAUGAACGUUAGCUGUCUAAUUAUCUACAAGUUCCUUGCAGCCGUUCACUUUUGCCGACAUCACUGUCUUCAUCCCUUCUCCCUUUUCUUUUAUGAUAAUGACUAGAUAGGCAACACAACAGGAGGUAAAGCUGUUGCAGAACCUGCAUGUUGGAACAGAUUCCAGCUCCAUGCAAUGUCCCAGAUGUUUUUGUCUCUGACUUUACCAUUCUGACCCAGUGAGUCAGGAUGUUUUUCUACUGCUUGCUGUGGCCUGGGACCAGCUAAAGUGGCCCUGCUGAGAAUCCAGGAAAAUCACUGUGAAUGUGGCAAUACCAAGUGAUUUAUUUCUUCCCCUGCCUGUAAGUAUGUUAGAACACCAUCACAGAAACAGGACAUGAAAUCAGAAGCUUGCUAGCCAUGUGCAGAGAUGUAGGUGGUUGCCAGUGAGGCUUCUUUCAAACUAUAGGUAUCUGCUGGAUAAAGUUGUGCUGCACCUUUUCUUAGAAACACUUUGAUAUGGAAACAUUUAUCAAGUCUCAUCUUGGUCUUACAUUUUAUUCAGUCUUCCUGAAAGGUGGUAGCACUGGAACUGAGACAGUAUGGAGUAUGAGAUUUAACCUGCGUUUGUCGGGAUUUUUCUGGUAGAUAACUGGGCAGUCGUAAAGCGUCAUAGCGUAGAUUUUGUUCUGGUGUAAGUUCAGCAGAGUUUUAUGGCACCCUUAGAAAAGAACUAGAAAGUAAGUGAUAGGUAAAAAUUAAUCAAGCUGAGGGUUUAAAUACAUUCUGUGUCUGCUAGACAUGAGCAGUCCUUGCCAGCAUCCCUGUGGAGCUUGAAAAGCUUCAGGCUUGCAAAACAGCUGAUGUACACCUGUUGUUGGUAGUGCGACUUGAACUGCUCUUUCCAUCUUGGACUACAGUGGUUUUGCAUCAACCAUGCUCUCACUUCUGUCAAAUGUGGGAUUUAAGGAGUGUGCAUCUUCUACUUGCAACUUUUUGAGUUUAUUCCUCAAUAUGAAAAACAGUCAUCAUGUUUUUUGUGCUUCACACAGACCAUUUGUAAUAGCAAUCCAGAAAGACCCUGAGAACAGAAAUCGGCCUGUUUCUGAUGGAAGAAGAUAAAGGUUGCUCUGAUGCUUGCUCAUACUCACAGCUACAAUUCAUUCAGCUGAUGAAAUAGAAGGGAAUAGAUAAAUGAAGUGACAAGCCAGUGUUCCACUGUUUUUUUUAACACAUCUUAGCACCAGGAAUGAUUCUCCUUACAUAUUCAAAUCUGAAUGUGAGGUCUCCAAUAUACCCUUGAGGGAAAUAAAUUUAGCAAUAGAAGUACUGUUUCAGCUUUCCUGCUACUUGGGCACAUACACAACAUUGUACUAAUGAGGUGGUGUUUCAAAAUUAAAUCCAAAUUCUUUUUGUAAUUCAGCGCUAAAGAUGGACUUGAACAUUAAAAAAUGUUUGAAUAUUAGCAUUUACUGUUUACCAAUUCUCUUAAAAAAUUCAGGUUUGAUUUUGGAGUCCUUACCUUAGUAUGUGAUACUCUGCAGCAAUUAGUGUAUGAUGUUUAAUGUCCAGAUAAACAGAAAUUACUAAACUAUUUGUAGAAAACUACCAAGGGAAAACAGGGAAAUAAAAGAUAGUUAAUACAAAUUUCCUCAGGGAACAUGAGAGGGCUGUAAAGGGAGGAUGUGGGUUUAUUGGAAUGGAAGAUUGCUAGGAAAUUGAUUUUUUUUCUAUUUUAGGCAAAAUUAAAAGAGCAAUAUAUCAGUACUUGAAUUAUUAAAAUUAGAAUGAAGCACUAAUAGAUGAACAUGAUCCUACUUAAUGUUGUAGCUUAUAAAAAUAUAGAAAAUUAGCUUGAAUGAUAACCUAAUAAAAAUACAUUUGUGUGAAUCUUUUCAGGAUCUUCUGUAAAUAUAAAAGUGUCUUGUUUAUAUAGUUGCUUGGUCAAAGCAUGCUUUGUCUGUAAUUGGAUUACUUCUUACCAAAUUACUUCAGCAAGCAAAAAAGCGUUAUGUCAGCACAAUAUCCUGGAGAGUUGUGUAGUGCACUUUGAAAAGGGCUAAUUAAAAUUUAAAAGAAUAUAAAUAAUAGUUUAAUAAUUGAAAAUUAAAAAGAAAACAUGUCACCACAUUUUUUUAUCUGCAAAGGUAUCAGCUUCUGUAAACCCAAAGUUUUAUCAAACCAUGGUAAACCAGAAUUUCGAAAUUCUGCAAAUUUUGAAAAUUCUCAAUUUUGCUUUAUUUUUACACAGAAAAAUAAUUUUUGAUCCAUAGUAAUUUUUUUUACUGUCAGCUUUUUCCCAUGUCCAGAGAUCUGUUCUGCAAAUUCCAAAUGUGUAUACUGAAGUGAAUAAAAAUCAGGAUCUUCAGUAUUAGAACCUAAAAGUGUAAAUAGCAUUUACAUGGUAUCCGAAUUCUUAGUAUUUAACUGUAGUAACUAAUUCUUACAGUGAUGCCAACAAGUCUUUCGGGGAAGGGGAGCACAUAGUCUGUAAAUUAGGAGGUAUGGCUGCACAGAGGUAGAACUACUGGUAUUCCAAGAACAGAGUGUAGUCUCGGGUUUAUCAGAGCACUCACAUAUGUGUUUACCUCAGCUUGCAGAGUUUGCUGAUGAGACUCUCCACGUUUCUAAAGUUUGGCACACAUUUUUAUGCUCCUGUGAAAUCAGGCCUUGGCAAGAGCAGAUACUCUUAAAGCUUUGUCUGAAAUAUGCACUUUGUGGGACAAUCUAUCUUUUCCUGGUUUUAUGCAAUUUACCUUGUAUUUAAAAGACCAGACAAAUUUAGAGAAUUCUUUUCUUAUUUUUUGCAUUGCAAAAAGGAAGGUGAGAAAGAAGACAAGUUCAGCUGCACAUUUCAGCAUGUGAAAGCAUUGCUUAGGUUUGUAAAAGCCGUUUAUUUGCCAUCAAGCUCAAAGGAACUCAUUUGAGCACAAGCAGGUCACAUUAUAUAAAUUUAUAUAGUUCCAUCUGUACUCCCUGUACACUCAACACUCCUCCAGGCAACCGGAGGCAUAGGAGCUCUGAGUAUGCAAGGAAAUAAAAGAAUUUACCUAAAAACUUUAGGAAUACUGUGUUUUUAAACCACAAAUUAUAUUGUCUGUAUGUAAUUUUUAGUAUUAAGACAAAAUAGACAGUAGCCUUAUUAACCAGGUGCAAUACUUAUAAAGGGCUAAAUUAUGGAAACAAGUGUGUGUGUUUGUACAUCACUGAAAAAUGUGCACUCUCUGAAAACUGACUUUUAUAGCACUGGGAUCUUAUUACCUCUCUGAAAUUAUAAUGUUGGUAUAAUUUUAUAACCAUUUAUUAUACAUUAUGAAAUAGGAUUUGGGAUUUCCUAAGAACCAAAAGGAGGAGAGGGGAAACUGUAAAUCACAUAGACUAGUGGUAUGUUGUUUUACAUGGCAGAAGUAACCUAAAACACCUUUACAAAGCCAUACAAGUUCUGGAUUAUGGAGAGAAAAAAUCUCUUGCCCUUGGUUACAGACAUAGUUUAGUCUGAAAUUUCCCGUGGUGACAUGAAAAUGCUUACUUCAAUGUUCAGUGUUUGCUUUGUCUCUUGCAUUUUCUUACUGGAUUUUAUUUGUAUUCUGAUCAUGAAAAUAUUCCUAAAUUAGUAGUAUUUGGCUUGAAAUUGUAUUCUUUUAAAAAUAACCUUUAAAAUGGAGAGAGUUCUUCAUUCACUGUACAGUCUGAAUGAGAUCAUACAACAUGAUCUGCUCUAACUUAAAUGGGGAGUUCUUACAAGCAGAAGAUUAUAGGAAAAGAUUAUGUUGAGGAUUCAUUGUUCAGUCAUGAAAAAAAUUUGAACAGUCAAACUACAAGUUCCACUCACAUAUUUCUUCCCUCUGUCUCUGCACUGGGGGGUCAGUGGAGUAAGGCUGCCAAGUACAGUGUAUCUGGCUAUCCUACACCUGGCAGGGGAGGGGGUGUUGGUGGUGUUUGUGGGUUUUUUCUGUUAGAUAAUGACAUACAUGUCAUCUUCACAUCUCUCUUUCUUGUCUUCUGCUCACAGUCCAGAAUUACCUGAAAGUCAGAAAUAGUCAGAUUUGUUGAACAGAAGAGUGUUUGGUUGUUUCUCUGUUUGACUGACUUCUAGCAAAGGCACUGAGGGACAGACUCGAACUUUGAGACAACUUAGUCAAAAGAGGCUUGAGCCAAUCAGGCAGGACCUGAAACAAAAUUGCUCAGAAUUGAAUCCCAGUAGGAGGAAACUCAUCUUAAGUCAAUUACAGAAAUUCUGUGGUUUGAUCUUUGUGGUGUUGGUUGGUUUUGUUGGUUUUUUUUUUAAUUACAAACCUGAUAAAAAGUCUUGUUACACAAUUAAGAGCAGAAUGAAGAUCACAUUGUAAGUAGUUGAGCCCUCCAAGCAGUACAGAUUUUCUCAGGAGAGUUGCAGUUAUUCCCGUGCAUUGACAAGGACUGCUCACACGGGUAAUGGUUGUAGAACAGAGGCACAUGGGUUUUCCUCUCUGUAACUUUCCACUGGAAUUGAGAGUGUGAAAUUGUGACUCUCCCUUUCUGAGUGCUUGAGGAUUUUGCUGUUAGGCUUUGUGAGAGGGGUGGGAUAUGUACCUUGGCACCUUUGCACAGCUGUUGGAAGAGUUCCUGGUAAUACCAAAGUGGCAGUACUUUGGAUGUGUCACUUAGUGACAGGUUUAAGAGCUGUUAAGCAGGUGGUAUUCAGUCUGUAAUCCAUCCUACUGAUAUCAGGCCCAGGGAGAAGGAGCUCUCUCAGGAUGGGACCCAAGAUAGCCAAGCUUCUGUGAAGGGAGUCACCACCAUAGGCCAUGUGCUGUUGGCUGGAGCAAGUGCUGUCUUUGUUGUGUCCAGCUUGAGGAAGGUUGGUUAUCCUCACACAUUCAUGGCAUGUUCAUAGGACAGAAUGCUCUUUUGAAGAAUAUUCCCUUUUUCAAAGAUUUAAAAUAAAACUGUGGGUGAACUUUUAUGUUAAAGAAAGUCACUGAAUAAAUUACAGUAUUGUCAAUGUUGAAAUUCGAAGGGGUUGUUUCCCCCCUUCCAGAACCACAGAGCCCUGUAACCUUAACCAAGUCUUUUUCCCAAAGAUUUGCUGGAACCCAGCAUUGAGCCCUAAACUGAGGCCAAUGUGAGUCUGACCCCCACAUAAAGGAGGCUCUUUCCAACUCUUUCCCAGCUCUUAUCCUUACUAAGUUGGUGUUUUAUUAGUAGACCUUUAUAAAGGGGGCAUCACCUCAUCACUGUUCCAGGGUCAUUUCUCACAUAGCACCAGCCACCCCUGCAUUUGCAAGGAGCCACACAUUACCUUUGUCAGUCAAGGUGUUUGGGGAAUAUUAUUUUAGAUUUAGACCUCUACAUUUCACCUAACACUGCAGUUCACAGCAGAUCAGGUUGACAUAAGCUUGUGCUGUUGUUGAAGAAGCUCUUCCUACCCACCAGAGAAGUAUCCCAGGUUAUGCUGGCUUGAACCAUUUCUGUGAGUCUGGGUCUGUAUAAAAUGGCUAAAGGCUAGAUCAACAUAUUGCCAGCUGGGUUUGUACCUCUACUCUUUCUUGUGGCAGGCAUGAUAAUACUGCCUUUAUCCCACCCUGUCUUGGCUGCAGUCUCAUUGAGAUCGCGUAAGACCUGCCUGCAUACAUUGUUCUUUCUUUUCUUACCAGUCUUGUUUCAGAGAAUAUAAAGUAAAUUCAAGUUCUUUUUAAAAACAUUUUUUCUGAAUUAAUUUUUUUAGAAUGAGAGCAUUUAGUGUAAAAUUACUGAGCUUUAAUUUGGUCUGCAUUGCACUUUAUAUAUAUUUUCAUUUGUUGGGCCAUGUAUUUUUGAUAUAUUAAACAAUAAAGGUUUUGUUAAUCUAGAUUUAACUAGAAAUUAACCUCAAAACUAAAAUGUUUUUAUAACAUUGCAAGUUCCAUAAAAUGCAACAAAUAAUUUGUUUAGAUCAGAGACUUUUUUAGUGAUACAUUGAUAAAUAUUAUACUUCUGAAAUUAUUUGCCAUUUGGUAAAUCUGUUACAUUAUUGGAUAUCAUGAGUUAAAAUGGAAUAUGGAUAAGCAGGAGACAAAGUUCUAGACAUUGAGUUCGCUUGUAUGCAAAACCUGAAUUAAUUUAAUUGAUAGGAGUUUUUAAAAAUCAGCCUAAUCUAGUUUAAAGAAGUGUGAAACUAUUUAAUAGGCAAGUUUAAAAUGAAAAAAAGCUCACAGAAAAGUUGAAAUUAGUUUAACUGAACCACCAAAGAGCUGUGUUUUCCACUGUGCUAAGGCAGUGCUGUCUGGUGGGUGCCCGCAAAUCCCCUUAGCUCUGCAGGGGCUGAACUCGUGCAAGUACAAGGCACCAGCAGAAGCCGUGUGUGAGUAUGAAUUUUCCUGCUUUAAACAGCAGUGCUCCAAGUUGUUACACUUAACAGGCCCACUGCCGGGUUGGCAGUGGUACUUCCAUUUGUGUUUUUUCUGCCUUCAUCUGCACUAAUUUUGGGAACGAAUGUCCUAAAGACAAUCCUUUUGUUCUCAAAUGACCUAAUGAAGAACUCGUCUUCCUUCUGGUUUUGGUGUUAAACUUACAGCCCUAGUACUAUUGCAUUAGUUUAUCUUAAGAAUUUGUAGGUGCCAGUUUCAGCACUUUAAACAAAGAGCAGCUACUUUGCUUCAGCACAGAAUUCCUUCAAAUCUUGGGGAGUACAUUGAAAAAUAAAGACCUUUUUGACUUUUACUUCAUACCAAACUCUUUUAUUCCAAAUCACACCCAGAAAAGUGGCAAAAACAAAGCACAUGGUAGUGAAGGGAGGAGAGAGAGGCAGCGAUGAGAUACUUUGUUCCCAGCAUGAGCCCUUCCUGGGCUCCCCUGGUUGAUGAGUGUGUUUGCACAGACCACACCCAGCUUGGAAUUCCUGUGAAAUCCCUGCAAAACUUUGUAGUUGGCCACCUCCCAGAGUCCUCAGUUCCUUUUAAGAGACUUUCAGAUUUUCUACUUUCUCACUUCUACAUCCAUACAUAAAAGUCAAAGCUGACUACUGCUCCAAUAGCCUGGCGUGACCCCAACCUUGAGCCGCAAAUACAUCACCUUGCCAUUUUUAAUCAAGCUGCAGUUCUGCCUGCAAGGGAUAGGCAUGAUCCAGGUAUUUCUGCCUGCUGUAAAGCUGUUGCAUCCUUUCAUGGACCACUGGGAGUCCCCGGAGGGAGGCAGGUGCACUGCCAGUGCACUGUGCAAGCUUUGUGUGUGACAUCAGCGAGCACCUGAUAUCUGUGCUGAAGAGAAAGCAUAGACUGACAUCACCUGUGCAUCCUACCAGAGAGAUGGGACCUGCACAGCACUGCUCAGGUCUUGGAGUUACAGGAGAAUUAAGCUUAAAACCUUUGUAUGAGUACAGAGUGCGUCUGAAAACUCAGUCUGUGUUCAGCUGAGGAGCAAGAGCAGUGACAGGCCUCCGAGGUGGUGGUCUGUCAGGCAGCACAAAUAACAGCUCUGUUGCCUGACUAGUUGUUGUGCUUCCAUGUACGUUUGAAGGAAGGCUUAGUAGAGAAGACAUUGUGCGUAGGUGCUACUCCUUUGCAGUCUGGUUUGAUUCUGCCCUCUGGGGGCAGCCUGUGGGCCAGCACAGCACAUUUAGAGAAGGUGUUUCCAUGGGCUUGCACAUAGCAACAAAAAUGUUUUUUGUAAGAAGCAGGUGCUGCUUCUUUUCUGUUUCUUAAAACAAAAAAACAAACAAAAAAAACAAACCCACAGAACAAAAUGCCACAGUUCAGACCUUUGCCAGACUCCCACUGUCUCCCUUUAGCAUUGUCAGCUGGGGAGAACUCCGGAGUUCAGAGGGCCUUGGCCAUAACUCAUCAAAAAGCCCCUGCAAUCUAUUGCUGCUGAAAAUGUUUUGGGGCUAGAUCAAAACCACACAGACUUGGGCUCUCCUGAAUUCCACUUAAGAAUUUUACUGUUACUUCAUAUGAAAAAAAGUGCUAAAAUCUUUGUUCCUGCAUCUGAAUCAAUUCUGCCUGCUGAUCCAAGAGCGCUUCAGUAGACUUCAGAUAUCUAAGGAGUCAUUCUCAGUACAAGUCAGGACACUCCAAACAUUUCACAUGUUUUUUUAUGUUAAAAACAUUGGCAAAAUAAGCAAUGUGUCUAUUAAUGCCUAAAACUUAAUGAAAAUAAUUGAGUUAAAAUACUGAGAUGUAUCUGUUUGCACUCGAAACUUUAAAGAAAGACUACUGAAUUCUUGAUUUGCUAAGCACAAUCUCCUGAGUUUUAAUAACUCACUAAACCAGCUUUGGACAGACUAACAUUUUACAAAAAUCAAGAAAGAUUUUUUUCUUCUCAAGUUAUUCAAGUAAUUCAGGUAAUGAAUAAUUUUUUUCUGGUCACUGGGUUUUAGAACGAGCAAAUCUCAUCCUCUUGCACUUCUGAUAUUCAUUGUUUAUAUGGAAAAAAGUCUCUACUACUUUUUCAUUUCCCAGUGAAUGAUCAGUUUGCUUGCUACAGGCAAUGUUUCUUGACUUUAGAUUGCAGAAUAUGCUUUGAUAAUUUUACUCCUCCAUGUGAAUCCUGGUUCUCUGGUAAUUAGUUUUUUCUAGCUUCAGAAAUGCUUUUGUGCAAUUUCCAUAGAUAUGGUUGAAUAAAACUUGCAAGAAAGAAUCUAAGUCAAAUCCCAAGUGAAAAUCAAGUACAUGAAACAACCAUGAAGAUAAAGUAUCAUGAGAAAAGUCAAUUCAGCGCUGAAUUAAGUAUUUAUAGAACAUGUUGAUUAGCAAAGAGCAGUGAUCUUUGUUGAAGUUACAUUUAGUAGGAAACCACUGUGUUUUAGUAAGUGUCGCAAGUGACAAAGCAAUUUUUCCCCAGAAAAGGUGCAAAUGGAAAACAACACUUAAAUAGGUCAUUUAAACCAAGACUUUCUCCUAUAUAAGCCCCUUCUGCCUGGUACAUUACUGUUAUGUUCAGGGAUGCUCAGGACAACAGACAUUCCUCAUGGGAAGCAGCUAGGUUCCAAAGUGUCAACUAAAUAAAUGCAAAGUGAGCAACUCAUAGGACUUUCUAAAUACUAGCUCAGGUAUUGCCAAAAGGAAAAAAAAAAGCAGAAAAAAAAAAAAGCAAGGAAAUACUAUUAACUACUGACCUAGAAUUUCAGCAGUUCAGAAGAAUCAUGUUUUAUUCUAGCUCACAUGCCAUAGUUAAAACCAGGUUUCUGUUGGUUUGCUUAUUUAUCUUAGAGGGCAUUUACUUCUUAACCCCCAAAGCAGGGUAUGUCAGUACUGAGAUGACCAUGGUUGAAUAGGAAUCUCUUGAAAUCCUAAAAUACAUUAUUACAGAAACAACAGCCUUUCAAUGAAAAACUACUUAAUCUCAAAAAAGCAAAAAGCAGCUAAUUCUCUGUUUGGGAAAUGCGAUUGAGCUACCAUUGACUCCCAGGUGGUGUGUUUAACGGGUCUCCUAUAGCUUUGUCAGCUUGCAUUUUUGUUAAAAGCCGAUGGUGAUUAAACUACACAGCAAAGAAUCUUCCUUUGAUCUUUGUAAAUGAAUGUAUACAUACAAACUAUGCAUUUUCACACAGCUGCAUACUGUAUCUUGAAUCGGUUCAACUCCAACCUUUCCCCUAGGUUAGCAACCCCCAAACUUCAGGAGCCGAAGGAGCUCCCAUCUCCUUUAGCGUUUAUUUGUCUCCUGUCUUGUUUCUGCACUCCAAAACCUGAGAUGCAGGAUGAGAAAUGCUGAGCAGCAGGGCCCCAGGAGCAGAGUCAAUGGGGACCUGUGGCCAAGGCAGGGACCUGGCAUGCCCUGUCAGACCACUUUGGGCUCCCAGACCCAGCGUGGCCCAACACAGGGGCAUGAUAUCUGUGCUGGCUCUGCCAGAGCUGCUCCAGCCCCUCUUGCCCAGCGUCUUGGACACUGGGGCAGCUGAGUGGGACCAGCAGCUGCUCUCACACAGGGUCAGUAGGAGUUUGCAGCAAUAUUUGGUCAGGCUGUGCCAAGGAGGAGCCACUGCACCUGGGCUGGCAGGGACAGUGUUUUUAGCCACCCUACCAACCUGGUUUCGUUCUGCCCAUCACUUCCCCAUGGUGCUGUGUGGCACUUAAGAGGCAUGGAUGGCUCCUCAGGGGUUGUGGUCUUACUGCUGAGACCUGCUGCCCCGAGCAAUACAGUGCUCAAAACGCUCAGCCCUUCAUCCUGAUCAUUGCUCGGACUUCAGGGCUGGGAUGUGGAAGGGACGAAGGAUCAGAGCUUGGUUUUAGCAUACCUUCUGUUGGAAGGGAGGAGGAAAGAUGGAAAAUGGAUGUCUUGUUCUUGUAGCUGGUGUAAUUAAAGGAAAAAUAUUACAUGCAACAUUUCUUACUUAAAUUUUGGGUUGUAGCUGUAGUAUGCAUCAGCCCCAGUCUGCAAAAUGAAUGAAAUGUUUCUUACACUUCAUGCUACAGGAAGAAAGACGCAAAAAGUAGAAGUAUUGAGAAUAUCCUUGCUUUAAAGUAAAGCAAGCUUGGACUCAACAACGAAGAAAGAUUUUGUUUAUAUGCAAACUGUUUAAAUAUUUGAUACCAGUAUGAAGGCAGUAGUAUUCUUAUCUAUCCAGAGACGUGCACUCAUCUAGGUUAUGUUUAAUUGAAAAAUAUUUUUGCAGUAUGUAUUUGUAUUUGAUGGGCUAAGGCCUUUAAUUUUAUAUUCUUUACAAGAAUUACUGUGGCAAUUAUGUUUUUCCAUUUAUUGAACUACCUGCCCAUGCUAGUUGUCUGCUUACAUAAAGAAUAUUUCCCACUACUUCAGAGGUUUUUGGGUUGUUUUCAAAGGGGACCUGCCCCAGAGGGUUCCACAGGGGUGCCCAGCAUGGGUGGGAGACUCCCUGGAGCGGGGCAGGUCUCCCUUACUGGGGUGUUGCCUGUCACUGCAACAGACAGACACAGAUUCAUUUCCCUGCAAUCUGCAACUGCCUGGUGGGCCUGGGGUAGCUCCAGCUGCAGUUCCUCAAAUCAAAACUCUGACUGACACAGUCAGUCCUUUGCUGUCACUUACUAUCACAAAGUUAACUUUUUACAAUGAGAAAGAGCUUCCAACUCUGGCACUGAUGGAAAUACUGAAUACUUUUAAUAUAUAUAUAUAUUUGGAAAGUAUUUGAACAAAGUGUUUUGUCUUUUUUUAUACAACUUUUAGCCAAAUAGAAGUAUUCUGAUUAUUACUUCUGUGGAUAUCUGUCCACCUGUAAAUAAACUCAUAUAUUCAGGUACAUGAACCUGAAGAAAAAAAAAUAAUAAAGACUGUUCAGUGGCUAUGCGCUUUGCUAGCUCUUGUUUCCUUUGUACAUAAGAGGUAACUGUUUAAAUGUUGGGUGGGGUUUUUAAUUUAAUUGUUGUUCCUCUAAAAAAAAAAAAAGAAGAAGAAAAAAACUUUUGACUUUGUUUUCUCUUUUCUGAGUUAAUACAAAGAUUUUCUAACUUUUUACUGCAGAAAUGGAUAAAUACCUGGUGCUAAGUGAAUGUGAGUCAAACUGGCCAUAGCAGACACACCAGUUAGAAUGCACUUUUCCUGUGGCACACAAUGUAUUUUCUCAGAAGGGACUUUCAAAGGACUGUCAGAUGUUUACAUUUCUUCUUGUUGCCCCAAAUAGUUUUGAAUAUUGAAAUAACUCCCAAAAAUCAAGUCAUGAUCCAUUACUGAUGAGACGAAUCCUUACACUUAGGUAUCUAUGACAGCUUUGUACAAAUACCAUUUUAGAGAUAGUUGAAAUAUUGGGCUUUCAUACUUUGUAAUGCUUUGAUGUGACAAUAAAUAUGCUGUUGCUAUCUAGUCUAACCUCAUUGUAGACCUGUAACUCCUUGUUUAUGGUUAUGUCAUGGUUUGCACUGGCUUGAAUUCAGCCAAAUACUGACUGUUCAGCUGAAAUACUCAGACUGUUAUGAUGUCCACAAAACGUUUAUUAAAUGCACUUGUAUCUGACUGCUGUGGAGUAUGUCAAAUUAUUCAUGUAAUAAACCCCUUCUGUAUAACUUUU